AUGAUAAACGGUCUAGUUGCCUAUGUCGAGUUGGAACAUGAAAUUGUGAAAUGGACUGGCUCGAUUACGAAUAGCUUAGCACUCAUUUGUAAUACAGUACACAAACGGUGUAGCGUUACGUCAAAUGGCACAGGGUAAUGUCGAGUAGCACAGCGUACGCACAAACGGUGUAGCUUUGCGUGAAAUAGCUCGGCGUAAUGUCGAAUGGCACAGCGUACAUACAAACAAUGUAGCGUUGCGUGGAAUGGCUCAGCGUUAUGUCGGAUGGUACAGCGUGCACACAAAUGGUGUAGAGUUGCGUGAAAUAGCUCAGCGUAAUGUAGAAUGGUACAGCGUACAUACAAAUGGGGUAGCGUUAUGUCGAAUAACUUUGUAG